CGCAGAUUUCAGGACGCCCACAGAAUCCAAGUUCGGCCAUGAUGCCAUGCAGCCAGACGCUCUAGGCCAUCAAGAGGGUGAUUCUUUCCCAAUAUGUCGAUCAACGAAGCAACAAGUUCUCCAACACAACAGGGUCGUCACUUUUCCUGCAAACAUGCAUCCAGCCUUGUUUCCUCUCCCAUUAGACCGUGAGGUAGCGUUGGAAGCGGGUACUCCGUGCAUCUUCACAUGGGCCUUGCAUGAGAUUCCUCUCUAUUCUUGACUUUGUAACUUCUCAGCUAUCACUUCGAGAACAGAAACCCUCAAUUCACCUCAGUUGCGACUCUUCCCCGGCCUAUGCCGCGUUUGGUUAUCACGGGGUCUUCAAUCCUUGCGGCCUCGAUGAACCCACUGUCCGGGUGCUAUAACCGGACUUGACCAGUACCAUCGAUUUGCCUUUGCUUUUCACCGCUUACAUCAUGAGAUUUGCGCUGCUAUUGACCAUGAUAUGAUUAUGGUACAACGACGGUCUCGCUCACUCACAGGUCCAGAAAAGAUUUCACAGCAGAGACCUCUCACAGACCACAAUAUCUGACUCAAAUAUACCCACUCUUCGAAGCGCCAUCUCUAGAGACACGGAGUAUCCAGGCGGGUAUCAGCAUAUCACUUGCCCGCCUGUCGUAACACCCACGAUAAUACAGCUACGGGGAAUCACCCCUUGGUCAAUCUCCCUUCCUCCAGGCAUACUUGACACCUCCUUUACACCGCAGCAGCGUCAUGAGCCUCAGAAAUAGUGUCAUUCUUCGAGAAUACGACACAAACCAAGAAAUUCGGCACCUAUCAUGCCUUUCCGGCUUCCCCACGGCAGCUGCCACGACACAUGACGCCAGCCUAGCAGAACAUAUCACACAAAUACUACUACACUCGACGGGCCAUCCCGGGCGGUGUGCCACAGGCGGGCGCCGGGUGUUGAAGCCGCGUUAUAAUAUAGGUAGGGAUGGAGGUUCAUGUUGCUUGUUGCCAUUCUCGAGGACGGUUGGCCAUGAACAUGGCGAGUGUAGCUUUGCAUUGAUCACCUCUAGUUGACUGCAACCUCAGUAUCAGCGGAGGUCAACCCACCGAGAAGGAGAGAGACAUCAAACACCAACUGAACAUAUCUCGGGGAUAGACAAUCCAACACAAGGAAAAUCCACAGAGGGCCAGACGCUUGGGAUCCUCCCCAUCAUGGCCCCAUUCACCGGGUUCCCACUCAUACAUACCCACCACUGUCAGCUCGCAUAUACCCAAAGCUGAUUGGACCGCCUCGGCAGCAUUGUAUUGACAUGGUAGCACGGCAUUUGCAUAGCAAGCCACCAAAACGCCAUCUUUCUCAGUCAGGUCUCGGGGAACAGAGCGCAAAAUGCCCAUGUCCCGGACCGGCCGCCGGCCGUCCAUACCUCGGCAAGCCGCAUGUGCUUUCCUUCCCUAUCUACUGAUUGGACCGAAGGUGUAGAGGUGAUGGGUUUUGACGUUUCACUGCUUUGAUAUGCCUUUUGGACCCAUGAAACCGGCGAGCAAAGCUGCUAUCUAUCGUAAAGAGAGGGAUGAUAAUGGUUGGGGGAAAUGAUACCCCUGCUUGUGGGGGGAGUUGUCUUCCACACUUUCCAUAUCACGAGCAGAUUUUGUGUUGUAGAAUAGAGAGAUUCUAGAAGAAUUUGAGCAGCAUCCAUUUUUUUUUCUUUUCUUGACUGGAAGGAGAAGAUUCCAUGCGUGACAUUCACAGCUUGAUCAAUCAUUCUUGUUGUCCCUCUUCCCUAUCACCACCAUCACCAUCACCACGCAAGCCAAUACCAUUUAUACACACACAUUCCUGCGUCAUCUCACAAAAACGUCACCCAAAACUCUUAGUCCGUCCCCCAAAUUACCCCUUAUUCAACCAUCCCGAUAACACCCACUAUCCUAACAAAGUAUCCCUCUCCCUCGACAUCUCCACAAAGCCAUGAUAAAUCUUGGACGUCAUCCAACCCACACCCACACCCACACCCGUCUUCUUCUCUCACACAGCUGACAACCCCCCCUCCCCCCCACCAUUACUCUCCCGUCAAACUUACAAAUCUUGCUCAAAGUCCCACAAUCUCUACACCAUUCCCCCCCUCUAACCAUCGCACACAUCACGUAUCUCACGAUCCAGCAAGAAAGUAAACCCUUCCUGUUCAGGAAAUCCUCAUCUUCCACCCGCAAGCAAAAACUCGCCCGUCUAUCUCACGCUUCCCGUAAACACAAUUAGGUAGUUACCCACAUCAACACACGCCCAAAAAUUGCACCAUGUCCCAAAUCAUCAAAUUGUCUAUUUUACCUCCCCCCACCCCCAACCCCCAACAUGCUCAGAUACAUUAACACAUCCCAUACACACCAAAUCAAUACCCCCCCUUCAUAGCCUGCCUCCUCUUCACCUUCUCCGUCAACCUCACCAGCGCAGACUUGAUCUCCCCCUUCUCAAAAGUAUCAACAUCAUAAUAAACCGGCGCAAUUUCCUAUAUUUAUACCACCCCCAAAAGUUAGCAACCCUCUUCUUCCACUUCCCCCCACCCAAAAAACAAAAAAUAAGAAAAAAAAGAAAAGAAAACUUACAAGAAGCCACUCGGGCCUAACAUUCGUCACCGUCCGGAUAUACUGCUUCGUCGUGAGCACAAACUCAUUGUACACCACCCAAUCAUACGGGCUCGACACCACCGUGCUCGGAUGAAUCAUCACCAUCUGGUCGUCCUUCACCGUCUUGUAAAUCUUGCUAUUCGAGCUCUCCCUCAUGGCGACCUGCAUAAAAAACCCCGCCAGCAGCGCCCGUCGAAUGUUGGUGUAAUAGUCCUUGUUGUUGAACGGCGUCGACACGAGCUCAAUCUCGUGCGUCUCCAUGAUGCGCUUGAGCUGAGCCCGGACAUUGUCGGCAGAGGACAGGUGACGGAACGACAAAAAGUGCUCGUGGCACCACUUCUUGAUGUCCUCACCGUUUUGCUCGGCGCCCUUGUAGGCGUGGUAGGCGUUGAGAAGCGUCAGGUGGUCGCCGUCGGGGUGGGCAAACUGGGCCUUCAUCUCGUCGGCACGCUUGCGGUUGUUGUUGGGACGGAUCCAUAUUUGAGGUACCGACAACAACGAGGUGAUGGAGAGGAUCUCGUUGGAGCAGUAGAACUCGGGAGAAGAGAUGAGCAUGACGGCCAGAGCGGGAUCCAAGGGGAACUCAGACGCCAAGCUCCCAAGCUUAGUGAGACCACCGUCAUCAUCGAGACAGGCAAGGUAGUUGAGUUCCUCGAGGGCGCGCAUCAUGGUCUCAGGGGCUGGUGGGUCCAUGAAGUCAAAGUGCACCAAAUCUUCGACACCAAGCUUCUUGAGUUCAAGAAUGGUGUUGGAGAGGUUAGACCGGAGAAUUUCAGGAUAAGUCUGCUCAAUAAGCUCUUUCUUAAAGGCCUUCUCGGUGUAGAGACGGAAGCACUUUCCCGGCCUGGUACGACCGGCACGACCGGCUCUCUGUUGGGCCGAGGCCUUGGAGAUGGGAGAAACCAAGAGCGAUUCCACACGAGAGCGAGGGUUGUAGAUCUUUUGCUUGCUGAACCCAGGGUCCACGACAUAGACGAUACCGUCGAUCGUCAACGAGGUUUCGGCAAUGUUGGUCGCCACGAUGCACUUGCGGCCGGGACGACCCCCCUUCCGGAAUGGCUCGGGGGCUUUGUCGAAGAUCUUUUGUUGUUGAUGUGGUGGCAAAGUACCGUAAAGAGGGUAGAUGGCCAGCGGACCAGCGUCUGAUUCUCUGACCAUAUCAUCCACCUCCAAACUGAUCCGGCGGCAGGCAUCCUCAAUCUCCUCUUCACCCGUCAGGAAGAGCAGGAUGUCACCCUCGGGCUCAACCGCAUGAAUCUGAAGAACUGUCCUGACGGCGGCCUCGACGUAAUCUCGCUCGGGUUCGGGGGUGUAAAAGAUCUCGACAGGGUAUGUGCGACCGGGAACGGCGAGCAAAGGGGCGGGAGGGUCCUCCUUCCGCAAGCUGAAGUAGGAUUGGAACUUUUGCGCAUCGAGCGUGGCAGACAUGACAAUGAUCUUCAGGUCGCUUCUUCUGUGGGCAAUCUCCUUGAGGAGGGCCAUCAGGAUAUCGGUGGCGAGCGUACGUUCGUGAGCUUCAUCGAGAAUGAUGCAGCUGUACCGGUUCAUGUUGGGAUCGUGCAUGGCCUCGCGCAGCAGCUGACCAUCCGUCAUGUACUUGAGGAGAGUCUUGGGGCCGGUCCUGUUCUCGAAACGGAUGCUGUAACCGACUUCCUGACCCAGUUCAACAUCGAGUUCGUUUGCGACACGCUGGGCGACCGACAUGGCGGCGACACGACGAGGCUGCGUGCAAGCAAUGAGCUUGCCGGUCUGGUGUGGCAUUUCGUCGUAAAGAACAUACUGAGGGAUCUGUGUGGUUUUGCCGGAACCAGUCUCACCGACGAAGACGAGAAUCUGGGUCUUGUGGUAGAGCUCGAGGAACUCUUCGCGCUGCUUGGAGACGGGCAGGUCGCGACGAGUCUUGAGGAUCUUGAAGUAGUUCUCCGAAUGCGGCUUGCCGGUCCAGGGGUUGAUGUCCGAGUCCUCAGCCUUCGCGGCCUGAAGGGCGGUGGUGUUGUGGCGCUCCAUCUCGUCGAGAGGCGACUUGAAGUCGUUGGCGCCGUCCAUGUUGAGGUGGGCGAGAUAUGGGUUGGGCUUGUCGUCGGUCUUGAUGCGCUUCGAGUCCUGGGCGUCGCUUUCCACGCUCGAUCGCUUCGUGCCCUUUUGAUCGGCCAUUCCGAAGGUGAGAGGAGUGAGUGCAGAGAUGAGGUGAGAGAUUCUGCACAAGACAGAUGGAAUGGCGGGGAUUUCACUGUUUGCGCUUGCCUUGCCCUGUCGAUGCCGUCCACAAGGCUGCCGCAACUUUUUGUUUGGCAAGCACAUCCGCGUUUCCACUAAAAUUUUGGAUAGUGGGGCGAUCAAGACCCCCAGUCCGGCGAUAAGCAUUUACAGAGUAUACGAUCUAUCUCAUCGGGACUUAUACAGCUGUUCAAGCUUUCAAGUGCCAACUUGUCGAAUUAUGACAAGUAUUGAUAGAUUGUUUUCGAGGUGGGUUUGAUGAGGAGAGGUCUACUCAUUCUACUCUCAGCAGCUCAGAACAGGUCAAAACAAACAUCUCUACAGAUCAAGUCGCUUAUGUAUCACUCUAUCCGAUCUCACACCCCGCGUUCCACACUGUUUCUGCCCUGACCCAAGCACAGCAACCCAAAUUUUCUCUCAGGGUUCGGGCUCACCUAGACAAUCGGCAUAUUGGGAAGAAACGUGGUGGCACAGUCCCGAGUUCACUUUGGGGCCCCGUUGUACCUAUCAUAGAGCAGCUUUGAAUCAUCAUUCAAGUUUGGGUUUUCCCCUGCUUUUGCUCCAAGUCCGACUCGACGUCCGUCCCAUCACCCCGCGGUGGUUGUUAGCCCCGCCAAACUGAAUGUGCUUUUAUAUACCACCUCUAUCACAUCGCUACACUCACUCUACCCAAGCUCAUAAAUCGACCCCAACAUGUCGUAUUCAGGAGCCCUCAACCCGGCCUCGGAGGACUACGAGUCCCGUCCUCAUUACUACAUUGGCCAGCACGACUCGGACCGGUGCGAGGUCCUCGACGACGACCAGUACAACCAGGUUCUUAACAGUGGAUUCAACUUUGUCACUGCCCCAAUCACCAACCAGCAUUUCUUCCGGAGGGUUGUCGACCAGCACAAGGAAUUUCUCAAGGAGAGGCAAGAAUGGAACGACCGUCUGGCUCCGGCUCAAAGGACGAACCCGUCUCUGCCAGUACCCAUCGUGCCAACACUGACAGAUGAGGACACCUCGCUGUACCCAAGCCACCACAUCGGCUCCUUCAUCACCUAUGCCAGCCCAUGGAUCGACCUUUGCUCCACAGACCCGUACAUCUCGGGCGUCUCUCGCCAGGUCCUCAACAUGGAGGUCGCCUAUGCCAACUUCUGCGGUGCCAGGACCAUCGUGAUCCCCGGGCCUAGGCAAGAUGAGAGCGGCCGUGGUGUUGCUCAGUUUGCCCGUGCGAUUCAGGAGGCGUUGCUUCAGGUGACAAGGGCUAACCUGAUCAUUCACCUGCCCAUGUACCGCGAGCCCCUGUUGGAGGAGAAGUGCGAGACGCUCUCGGAUAUCUUUGACGGGAGCCGUAUGGACGCUGACCCCAAGAAAGAGAUUGACAUCUUCACUUCAUGGGACUCAUGGCACACCAUCCGCUCAGUAUGCGAGUACUCGAGCAGAUUAUUCCUCGCCCUCCGCAUUCCUCGCCGUGUGCCGGAAAAGAACCUCCAGGAGCGGUGGUUCUCGGAGCCAUUGCACUUCUUGACCAUCGGCCAGUCCGUCUUUCAGUCCAACCGAGCCGGCAGCCCAACCCUCACCAAGCACCACCAAGAUCUCAUCAACCGUUACAUGCGUCUCAAGAACGCCCCCUGGAUCAUCCUGAAUGACGUCGGUCCCAACGCCGAAGACCUCGGCGCCGCCCGUGCCAUCAAAGCGAUCGAGUACCCCUCCCUCGCCGAAGCAAGCAAAGCCCUCCAGGAACGCAAGCCCAAGUCGGGCCUGAACGAGUACGUCUCGUACAUGAAGUACCUCGAGCGUCAACAACCCCCCUACACGGCCAUGGAAACACCAGCCUUGAUUAGUUUCCAAGACUGGCUCCAGUCCCCCCUCCAGCCCCUCGCCGACAACCUCGAGUCAGCCACCUACGAGGUCUUCGAGGGCGACCCGGUCAAAUACGACCAGUACGAAGCCGCCAUCAAGGAAGCCAUGGCCGAGUGGAAGAUCCUCAAGAAGCCCUCGGCCCUCGGAACAGAGAGCGAACCUUACAACCCAGAACUCGUCUGCGCUGUCGCCGGCGCCGGCCGUGGGCCUCUUGUUACUCGUGUCCUCCGCGCGGCACAGGCAACCAACACCAAGAUCCAACUCUGGGCCGUGGAGAAGAACCAGAACGCGUUUGUCUACCUCUUGAACAAGAACAAGCGGGAGUGGGACGGGCAGGUGACGCUCGUCAAGACAGACAUGCGCGGCUGGGGCGGGCCGGUUCCCCGGGGGUCGUCUACGCCGUGCAAAGUUGACAUACUGGUGACGGAGCUCCUUGGUUCGUUUGGAGAUAAUGAGCUGUCGCCUGAAUGUCUGGAUGGCAUCCAGAACCAUCUCUUUCAACCGAGCGGGAUGUCUAUCCCUCACAGCUACACCGCCCACCUCUCCCCGAUCUCCACCCCGAGGCUGUUUGCUGACAUCGCCUCCCGUGAGUCAGACCCGCACGCGUUUGAGAUCCCUUAUGUUGUCAGGUUGUUUCAGCUGGAUUUCAACGCGCAAAAGGUCCCUAAUCACCCGAGGUUUCAGCAGGCGUGGGAGUUUGUUCAUCCUGUUGGUGUCAACAGGGCGGACGAGUUUGCUGCUGAGUAUGGGUUUGGGAGGAAGUAUGUCACCCCCGGCGGGGGGGCGAUGUAUGGGAGUAAUGGGACGAACGAGCAUAAUGCCAGGCGCUGUCACUUGACGUUUGUUUGCCCUACGCGGGGUGUUACUCACGGGUUGGCGGGGUAUUUUGAGUCGACGCUUUAUGAGAGCCAGUUGGAGGGGGAGGGGGAGGGGAAAAGGGUGGAGAUUAGCAUCUUGCCUGAUCAGAUCGAUAGGAAGAGUAAGGAUAUGAUUAGUUGGUUUCCCAUCUUUUUUCCGCUCAAGAAACCGCUGUACUUUCCUCAGGACGCCGAGUUGGAGGUUAGCAUGUGGAGGCAGACGGACGACACCAAGGUUUGGUAUGAGUGGCUGAUCGAGGUGUACGCCUGGGUUGGGCCGCAGACGAGGAUCAAGGUGGGGGCGAGCGAGAUGCAUAGUAGUAAGAAGGUUGCUUGUUUGAUGUAGUUGUGUUGGAUAGUAGAGGGGGUAUAUGGUAGGCUAGGGAAAAGAAGGGGUGUUUUAAAAAGUCGGUUUUGAAUUGCUACUUUGAGAUAUCUGACUCUUUGGUUUUGGCCCCAUUGUGUCAGCAGAGAGAGAGAGGUAUCGACAGACAGCGAAGAAACCUCUUACCAUUUUUUAUCUCUAUCAUGGAAGAUUUUAUGUAACGCCUUUUUCUUUUUCUUUUUUGCCGCCCUUCAUCCCCCUUCUCCGACUUGCUCUUUGCGCCGCAGAAUGUCCUCCUCCCCUUCUGUUGGGCCAGUCAAGUUAUCGUGAUGACACUGGCGGCAAUGUAGAAAUGUUUUGC